AUGUUGACGCCUACUAAUGCCUACCGAUAUCGAUGGCUGUAUGCCAUCGGGAACACGCCAGCGACGAAUUUGGCACGAAGCAUCCCCCAUGGCCAGGAUGCCAGCUUACUUUCACUUGGUUGCGGUGAUUUGAGGAAUGUUUUGUACACUUCCUAUGUGCAGCAAGGACUUCCACGGAACCUAGUCCUGCUGACCAUGAUAUUGGCCAAUGGAGAAGUCAUCAACAGCGAGGCAGUCUGGGACAUAUACUACCACAUGUACUUGGACGAACAGACCGUAGAGCGGCUUGUCCGGCAUGUCAAGUCAAUCAUUCCCAUGCUGGAAUCGCUCGACUCUUUCACCACUAGCCCGUUUGGCUCAGUCAUCAAAAUUUGCGAUGAGGAUACCCUGCGUGAUGUUCGCGACUCCCUUCAGCGCAUUCUUGGCGCAGCAGAAAAAGAUGACAGAAGCAAGCAAGCUACCAAGCUAUCAACGAGCCUCGGCCUAUCUAAGGGAGUCAUAGAGGAGGGCUCUAUGAUUCUAACAGGGAUGCGAUCAGCUGCUCCCCUCGCUCUUACAUCCAAGUUUGCCUUGCCCGAAAACUUCCAACACUACUGGAAAACGGGAGUCGCAAUGAUUCAAGGGAAAACUGCCAGGAUACCGAAUCCUAUGCUGGUUGGCCUGCUCUCCGACUGGGAACUUUUCCACUAUGGCAAUGACCCCUUGCUCAGUUUCCACCUCGCGACGGCAUUCACAGAUUUGCCAGCGAAUUCUCCUCUGAAGCCUCAUGUUGAUGACGAGAAGUAUAAAGUUGCUGCAGCAGCUAGGGUACAGUUCUUUGCAUGGGCUCAAGCUUUCAGAAACUUAAAGGACAGUGUCUGUGUCCGCCUUGUCAUUUCCGAUGCUUUCGCAUUUAGCCAUACUCUCCAAUAUUCUGAUGCAGCCGACGAAGCAUCCGCGAACUGGUACAGGCGUCUGUGGGAUUCAAAAGUCCUCCGCUUGGACAAGGCAUCAUAUGGGCGUGGUGGUAGUGCGCCGAUCAAAUUCGACGCCAUCGAUACUUCCAACUUAUCGGAUCACUUUGAAGUCUUGAAUAUCCUCGUAUCUACAGCACCCCUACUAAAAGCCACACCUUGGGCAACACUUUAUACGGAGCAGCUCCUGGACAACCGCAGAGCUGGGAAACAGUCUCUUGACCAGGUGCUACACGGCCCAUCAUCCACAGUAUCUCUGUUAUUGGGUCUUACCCCUUUGCAUGCCUGGACAAAUGCAAAGGCUGAAUCUCACGUUGAUGAGAUCUUUAUAUCGGCGAUGGGCAAAGCUGGAGAUACGACACAGACUCAGUUUCAUGUUCGUCUAGCAUGGAAGCGUGACGACCAAUUUGGUGGUUAUGACAUGGAGCGACCCAAGCUGCACAUGAAAGCCAAAGACGUCACCGAGAUUCUAUUUCAGAUGUAUUCUGAGAUGUUUGCAAACGAGAUGGACGAUGGUCACCAUGAGCCCUCUGGUGGAAGGGUCCUGCACAGCUAUCCCCGUUUCCAUCGCGGGAGCUUCACUGCUUUACUCAAAGUCAUCCAGGGCCGAGUGAAGACUGAUUGGGAUGCAGUGAUCAGCGGUUUGCUAAAGAGUAUAGAAGAAGAAAGAAAUCUGCACAUGACUGCGAAACAAGCACAAGACUUUCGCCUCCAGCUAUCUCUCUCUUCCCUCCAUACUACAAGGAAUGAUGACGUCGUAGCGACGGUACCUCGUCAAAGGCCUCUUAGUGGAUGGAAGCAUCUCCCAUCCAUGGUAGCCGUCACCUUGGUUGUCCCUCGAGAUGCCUUUGCCAAACUAUUUCCUCAACCUCAGCCGACAGCCUCAGUUCCCACCUUAGUAGGCACCCUGAAGUCUACUGGCAACGGUUCUAAGAAGAGAUUCGACGUGUUUGAUGAUGUUCAUGUUGUUUUUGGCCGGGUGACGACAACAGGCGACAUUGCUUCGGGAGAUGCAAUCGUGAGCAUAGAAGAAGAUGCGCUCUGUUGGUCAGGAACAUCACCUCUGGUAGCAACCUUUUUGGUGCCUACAGCUGCGCUGGUGGAGGAGCCAGUAACGAGUUUGGUUGGCCUAGACCUAACAAUGGCUUCUUCUAGUACCGCUCUUAUGACCAUCAUGCUGGGCAUGUCGAGUACGGUUUAUGAAGCAGCAUUGUCAGAUACAACGAAAGUGUUCGUAUCCAAACUUAUGCCAGGCACAAUAGCGCACAAGGUGACGAGUGGCGGCGUCAAACCAUUGAAAGAUGAUGUUGCCAAGGUGGGCAGCGAGGGUCCUAUGACAUUGAUGGCCGAAUUGCCUUCGAAUCAAAAGGCCAUCGAAUAUUUAACUGCACACUUGCAGAUUUCCUCUAAAAUGGGCCAAAAACUGUUGCAGAAUAAGGCACCUAUCGAAUUACAGCAGGGUGAUCCCUUUACUAUCAACGUCGUGUUUGGUAAGAAAGAGUUGAUCUGCCCGCUCAGAUAUCCAAUUCCCGUGACAAGCAUCGGCAGCAAAACCCGUAUUGCUCGUACAUCUGGAUACAUCGAGGUGAUUGCCCCUCUGGCAGAUCCGAAGCAGAGCAAGGUCUUGGGAGAUUUUAUUUCCCCUACUGUGAUUGCGCCUCGCGGUCUUCCUGUGGCUGUUAAUAUGCCUCAUCUCAACCUUGAUAACUUGCCCAUCAUCGAUUUGAAGGAAAAGGGGCGCUUGUCAUGGUUGACGACACUAACAUCUCUGCAAUUCUCCGUCAAGGAGAGGCAGCUUAGAGAUGGAGUGGAUACAUCGGGAAUUGCAGCAGAUGUGCGCGUUAAUUUCAAGGAAUCUCUAUUUACCAUGUUUAUGGUUUCCUCUGGCGUACAAGGAAGUCAAACAGGCCUGAUUUUUAUCAAGCACCCAGAAAAGGGCGGUAUCCAGGCAGUUAUUCUAGUAUCGGCAUUACGGUUGGAUGGCGACACGGCAUCCGUGGUGUUGGACGCCGCCAUCAUCCCUUUUUCGUUGAAAAUGUUGGAAUCCGACUCGUUGAGGACAUUCCUAUACGAACUGGAUCCAAUGGGAGGUUGCACGAUGAUAGUCAACGAUGAGGAGCUGGCUCUUUGGAAAAAGACUAUACCGUCUUUAGUAGAGCGAUGCCGUACUUGGAACCAUCUUCCAAAUUGCGAAUACAAAAAGGACGGCGCAACCGUACCGCUGAGUUUUGAGCAUGGGAAACAAUGGCUCUGCUCAUGUGGCAAUGGACAGCUACCGAAUGACUUCGUUGGGUUGCCUUAUUGGGAGAAGGCGGCAGAGUACGCGGUGCGAAUUGCAAUCAGCCCGAUGUACUCGGUCCCUUUUGUUGAGCCAGUCAUCAAUGAGAAGAAGUUGGUGGUGAAAGAAUCAUCUGACGAGACUGAGCAAUGUAACACAUGUGGGAAGACGGAACAAUUGGACGGGCUGAAGCUGAAGAAGUGCAAGGGGUGUAUGAAGAUUAGCUACUGCUCGACAGAGUGUCAGAGGCAAGACUGGAAGCAGCACAAGAGGGAGUGCAUAAGUGCAUAG